AUGGCUGCCCGCAGAAGCCUCGGGGGCGGACGAGUACUCGGCAACGGGAAGGGCCUCGCAGCGCCUCCUCCAGCGCAACCACCCCAGCCCAGACAGAUCGGCCUCCUAUCACCCUCCGAGAGCUCCGUCUCGUUGAGUUCGCAGACUUCGAGCACGCCCAUCUCCACCGAGAAUGAGGAUCUCACCUCCCGGGUGGCUCUUGACGAGCAUGGCUCUGCCCAAGCGGCAGCCGCCGCCAGCUCCCGGCUGGUCUGUCCGAUAUGCAAUGAAGAGAUGUUGACGCUUCUUCAGCUGAACAGACAUAUCGACGAUAACCACGCCAACUUGGAGGAGAUCGAACAGGACGAGGCGAAGACUUGGUUCAAACAACAGAUGACAAAGGCAAAGAAGUUCCAGCCGCUGGCACUCAUCAACCAGAAACUGAGGGGAUUGGAGGUGUUUGAGUCGAAUAAUGAUGCGCCGGCUCCGGUCCAGGCGAUUCAGGCGGUUGCGGCUACAGUUGGUCGGGACUCUUCUCCAGCUCCUGCACCCAAAGAGCCUGCGACUCCAGAUCCGGAUGAGGUCGUUACACGAGCGCAUUGGCAGCGUCCUCGAGGAUAUGACGACUGUUCAGAUCCGCUGUGUGGAAAGAAGUUGGGAACUGCAAAUGGACAGGUCAACUGUCGACACUGUGGCAAGCUCUUCUGCGAUGAGCAUACUAUGUACCAGAUGAAGCUAUCAAGAUCUGCCAAGCAUGAACCUGCUCGUGGGCUAUGGUGCCGAGUCUGUGAGACGUGCUACAAGAGUCGAGAGGGCUACAAUGACCACACUGGGCUCGAGCGCAAUCAUACCGACUUCUUCAAGAGUGUGCGGCGGAAGACAGUCGACAAGCGAAACCUUGAAACCACCCGACUCGAGACUAGACUUACGAGACUGACCCAACUACUUGCCAAUCCUCCACCGCUAGAACAGGAGCAAAGUACGGGAAGCUUGCUGUGGUCGUCGAUAUCGGGCAACAAGCCUCAAAUCAGAGCUCUUGAGCAGACUGUCGUUCCUUGGCAAGACGAUGCCACUGUGGCUGAAUGUCCUUUCUGCCAGCAACCCUUUUCGCAGUACAGCCUGCGCCGGCAUCAUUGUCGCAUUUGCGGGCGAGUCGUAUGCGGCGACCCAAACACCGGUUGUUCGAACGAGAUUGGACUUGAUGUCGAUGCUCAGAAGAAUGGCGCCAAGGUAGCUGUCGAUGUUCGCAUGUGCAAAGACUGCCAACGAACUAUCUUCAGCAAAGCCGACUUUGCGAGGGAGCUCAACAAGCAAACACCGGAUCAGCGCGCGUAUCAAAAUCUUGUUCAAUUCGAACAUGGCAUUCGACUACUCCUACCCAAGUUCCAACGGCUACUGGCCCCACUGCAGGAUCCUGACAAUCCACCUACACCCGCACAGCUAGCAGAAGCCUCGAAAGUACGAAAGCGGCUCAUGGAUGCGUUCACUCAGUAUGAUGUGGCCUCCAGACGGAUACGAGACAUGCCAACGAACAAUCCCGCGCAGGAGCAACUGCAGAGGGCCAUCUACCAGAAGGCUCUAAGCUUUCUCCAUAUUCAUAUGUUGCCCUUGAAAUCGUUACCGAAGAUUAUGAAACAUGCAACACCAAAUGGCAUGCGCAGCCCACCACUUGCUAGCAAUGGCAAGCCGCAGAGUGCGCUGUCUUCCAUUCGAUACAACUCGAUAGUCAACGGACAUGGACCGAGACCAAGCAGUAGCCGAACCAGCAGCGAAAGCUCCGCCGCAGUCACUGCCCUGGAGGCAGAAGAGAAGAGCUUGAAAGAGCGCUUGAUCGUGUUGGAAGAGCAGAAGUUCUUCGUGUCCGAGAUGAUCGCAGACGCCAACAAACGCCGGAAGUUUGAUGAAGUGUCCGCCCUGUCGCAAAAUGUCGAGGACUUGUCGAAGGAGAUCGAUCAGAUACAGAGCCAGCUUGCGGGGAUGGACUUUGCAUCGGCUUAUCAGGAUGAUCAGGGAGUGAUUAAGUGA